AUGGCGCAGGUGGCAGAUGAGUCCAAGGCGAUGGCCUCAGAGGUGUUUAUGAGCAAGUACCGCAAUGUGAAAUCAAUUGGUAAAGGUAGCUUUGGUGAGGCGGUGUUAGUGCGGUCGAAAACUGAUGGAAAGCGUUAUGUCGUGAAGGCGAUUGAGUCUGCCUCUAUGACAUCAAAGGAAAAACGAGAUGUACAGAAUGAGAUCCGCAUUCUCUCAGCUGUUAACCACCCAAAUAUCAUUCGUUACCACGAACACUUUGAGGACGGGACCCUCAUCUUCAUUAUCAUGGAAUACGCUGAUGGCGGUGACUUGAAUUCCCGCAUCAAAGAAGCGAAGAAGCAAGAUCCGCUUAGGCCAUUUGAACCGAAAUUGGUCAUGUUUUGGUUCCUUCAAAUAUGUAUGGCGCUGAAGUAUCUGCACGACAAUCAUAUUCUGCAUCGUGACAUGAAGACCGCAAACAUAUUUUUAACGUCCAGAAAUGUUGUGAAGUUGGGUGACUUUGGAAUCUCAACAGUCUUGCAGAAUACCUUGGCCUGUGCGAAGACAGUGUGUGGCACACCGUACUACUUUUCCCCAGAGCUAUGCCAGAACAGGCCAUACAACAAUAAAAGCGAUGUGUGGGCACUUGGUGUCGUUCUCUAUGAGUUGCUAACACUCCAGCGGCCAUUCAAUGCCAAGUCGCUAAAAGAGCUUUUGAAGAAAAUUCUUGUGGGUCAAUAUGAUCCCAUUCCCUCCUCGGUGCCAGGAGAAAUGCGAGGUCUUUGUGCGGCACUGUUGCAGGUAAAUCCCGUUCAGCGGCCUAGCAUAAACAGGAUUUUAGAGAGUUCUUUUAUACAGGAGUCCUUGAGGAGCUUUAGCGUGGAUCUUGAGAAGCAAGCAGAGAAGGACCGAGCAGAAUUUGAGGAGAAGCGUCCAUAUCUUCCUAAGACUACGCCAAAGCCCAUCCAAGAUAGGCCGAAGGAAGUACCCAAGCCGCCACAAAUGAGUGAACGCGAGCAGAUGGCGAUGUUACGUGGAAUGAAAAGGGAAAAUAUGAAGGCCAUGCUUGCAAAGCAGGCUGAGAAAGAUUCAACAGCACCGGAAUGUGCCAAGGAGGUGGAAAAGGAUGAGGGGCAUCUUGACGUGGAUGACGAUGGAGAUUACAUUGAGCAGAAGAAAGCCAUUGUGCAGCAGACGAAGGAUAUUGUCGGUAAUACAAACCUGGGUGGACACCCUGAGGAGUUUGGCGACGGACCGUCCACGAGUUUACCUCAGGUGGACAUGAUCACGCUUUCCACUGGAGAAUCUGUACCAGCGUCAACUGUACGAGGUAUUCUUGAGGAACAGAUGGGCGCCGAACUUCUAAAUAAAGCUGUGGAGCUGUACAACCAACGUAUGAUGACAAGUGGGCUCUCCAAUGCGGAAAUACAACAGGAGUUGAAUGAGUUGGUUGGACCCGAAUAUGCACACCAUUCCAACGCCAUUACGAAACUAUGCGUAUACGAGGGAAAGGAGAAAUUGUAG